AUGUCAACAACAGAUAGCUACUUAGAUCGAUUUCACAAGUUUAACAAGCAGUCGAACGACUAUGAACAAUUUGCUACUGCAUGCAUUGAUGCUUGCUAUGAACGAAGUGAGCGGCGUGCUUGUCAACUUCUUCUACGAGAAAUUCCAUUGUUUGGAAAUAUAACUUGCAUGCAGGUGGCUAUUGCAUUUCGUAUCAAGUCAUUUAUCAACAGUCGCUGUUUUGAUCAAGUGCUCAAUCGGCAGUGGUAUGGAGCAUUGGAGUCGACAACUAAUGAUAGGUUUCGGACGAAACCAUUGCUAGUUGUAAGUCUUCUAUCGUUUGGCGUAUUGGCUCCGCUUCUGCUUAGCUAUCAAAACGACGUUGAUACAGACAAAAACAUUCACGAAGAAGUAAGCAAAACCACUUUCCAUUUGUCUCAAUCUAAUUGUUAUUAUUUGAGGCAAAUAUUACUGUCGAUGGCAAGCAACUAUCUUCACAUCGCCGGUAGGAUGAUACUGAUAUGUCAUAGAUAGUUUUACGAACCUUUUAUCCUAGAUGGGAAGGUAUCGAAGAUAAAUAUAACAACAGUCUUAAUUAUUUUGAGAAAAUCCGACAAUUUCAUCGUAGUCCUAUGAUUCGAAUGUGGUAUCACUUUGUGCGUUAUUCUCUGAAUUCAUAAAAUUUUCUCAUAAGAAUUGUUAUCGCUUUCAGUUUAUCUAUAUUUGGUUCUUACUUGCCUUCAGCUAUAUGAUGCUAUUCCACAUGACAUAUGAAACUAACACUAUGCAUUGGACAGAAAUAUAUGUGAUCAUAACCAUUUCAGCAAUGCUCAUUGAAGAUAUUCGAAAGGUAAAGUGUUUGAUGACACA